AUGGGGAUCCGAACACCAAACCAAAACGCCGAAUACAACUGGCUUGCACACGCUGUCGGCAGCGAAAGAUCAGAUGCAGUGGCGAAUCACCUGAAGGCAGGAUCAACAGCGAUAGAGGCACAACAAAGCACCCAGGUGUAUAGAACUCUUCACCCAAUGAUGAGUAGCAGCAGCAAUCUUGUCACGACUAUGGUUCCGUCUCCUUAUGGCAGUGACUCUUUGCAAAGUCUUCCCGCAGCGAUGUCUACUUCUUCAUCUCCGAUGCUGCAUACGACACAAUCACAGUCCUUGUCAGAUAUGGGCGGCCAUUACAGCCCGCCUAGUCCCUGGCCCAGAACAGGUCCAGUUUACCAGGUCAGUAGCUUGGUUGAGGACGUCUAUGCAGCACCGUAUGACUCUUCUUCGAGCUCAGCAUACGUCCACCCAGGAAGUUCGGCAAUCAGCUAUACGGGAGGAGGAUAUCGUAGUUCUUCUCCUCCAUCGAGGGAGUGGGAAGCCAGCGGAAGCAUGCUUCAAUCAGCAGUUCUCUACAGCGAACCUGACAUUGCUCCCUCUUCUUCCACGAGACAGAAUUCAUCGCCCUCGAGUGACAUCCCAUCUCUAUUUCCCGUUGUGAACAUGCUCUCCACGGGAGACGCACCCAUCAUCGGUGGUGCGAGCAGCAGCACAAAUGACUCGGAACUGAUUGGAUCCGGACUUCCUUUCAUGGCAAGCGAAUACUUCGCAUAUCCCAUGCACAGACCGAAUAGCACAACAACGUCUUUUCGACCCAGGUCUUCUUCUACUUCUAUUACCUCUGUGGUACCACCGCUCAAGUCGGAUUUGUCAACGUCUCCAUUCUACGUAAACGAUCCUCAUGGCUCUUCUUCUGCAGUAACAGCAGCAGCAGCAGUCCCGAUGAACCCUGUAUAUGACACAGUGGAACAAUCGAACCCGUCGGAAGGGUCACUAGUGAUGUCGUCCAUGAGCGCCGGUCUGAAGGAAAGCCCGAGCGAAUCCGGCUCUUACGAAUAUGUGAAUGGUGAGCAGCACUACGGCAAUGUUGAAGCGGACAACAGCAGUACUAGUGCUAUACUAGGAAAUCAGCAGGAGUAUGACCAUUUCAAAAAGUCGAACGACGAUCCGGCGGUCACGUACAAUGAUGCGUUUGAAGGGUUUUUGCAGUAA